AAGAUCGAAUAGGCAACAUUCCUGCUGAAAUUAAUUAUGGUUCAACGAUAGAAGCGUUUGGGUUUUCUCUAUAUAAGAAAUUAUUGAACCUUAUCUAGCCUCUAUAUACAAAGGCGCAGUCCCUGUGUUGUCUAGAUUGAACACGCCACCAUGGAAAUUACCCAGAAAAAGCUUUCUUUUGACAUCCUAACAACGACAGCGACAGACCUAUGCCGUUUAUUAGAGGCUGGUCAAACAACUACUGUCGAUAUUGUGGAUGCCUAUCUAGCACAAAUCGAGAGGCACAAUAAGACAGGACUUAAACUACGGGCAAUCAUUUCAACUGCAUCUCGGGAGGCUGUCCUGUCUCGAGCUGCAAAACUCGAUACCGAAAGACUUAAUGGCAAAAUCCGUAGUGCACUCCAUGGAAUCCCUAUUAUCAUCAAAGAUGCUAUAGUCACAUCCAAGGCACUCGGAAUGCCUACAACUGCGGGAGCCUUUGCUUUCAAAGAGGCCUACGGGAAGAGAAAUGCACCAAUUGUUGAACUGCUGAUACAGAGUGGUCUAGUCAUUAUAGGGAAAGCUAGUAUGACGGAGUUCUGUGGCCUUAAGGCGACCUGUAUUACAGCUGGAUGGUCUGCUGUAAAUGGCCAAACUCAGUCAGCCUAUAUCGUUGGUGGGUUUCGCGAAGAUGAUCUCUUUUGUGGUCGUUCGGGUCCUGGAGGCUCAUCCUCUGGAUCUGGCGUGGGAGUGUCCGCUGGGUUUGCGCCUCUAUCUGUAGGAACCGAAACAGGGGGGUCGAUCUGUAUGCCUGCAAAUAGGGCGGGUUUAUAUUCCAUGACAGCAACGUUAGGGACCGUUCCAACAGAUGGAUUGUUCACCCUCAGCCGAAGUUUCGACGGGCUAGGCGGUAUGACGAAAUCUCCCGAGGAUCUCGAGAUGUUGAUGAAUAUACUCCUAUCAACUCAAGCCAGAGACGAGCUGCCUCUGAAGUGGGAAGAUAUCUCAGUUGGUUUCGUUGAUCCCAUGGUAUGGAACGCUUUUGGGUUUCAAAAAUUCCGGGACGAGGGUGUGGAAAGGCAGAUUCUCGACGAAUAUGAAUGGGCAAGAACCCAAAUAGCCCAACGAGGUGCGAAGAUAGCUUAUCCCGUCAAGCUGCCCUCAAUGAAUGAUCUUAGGUACGAGGAAAAGAGUGUUAGCCAUUCGGUCUCAUUUUUCGAAUUCCCGAGGCAGUUUGAAAAGUUUUGCGUGGAGUUGUACGACCCAGAAGUAAGCUCCGUCCCGGAGUUGGUUGAAUUCAACAAUAAAAAUGCUGCCCAUGCUAUGCCUGAACCCCAUACUGACCAAACGGAUCUUAUUCAAACGUUAGAGUCUACAAUGACCGAUGAAACCGCUUCAGCUGCUAAAGCGCACGGGAAACUCUUAGCUGGCUCGCAGGGGAUUGACGCUGCUCUGACAGAGAAUAAAAUUGAUGUGAUCAUCGGCCCGGGUGAUUGUGAAAUUUGUGCAGUCGCCGCUCUGGCAGGUUCCCCUAAAGCAAUGGUUCCAAUGAGUCGAUUAAAGGGUUCAGCAGGACUGGGUCAGCCCCAAGGACUGAUGAUCAUUGGAGGAGCUGGAAGUGAGAGUAAAAUGUUCCAGUUCAUGAAACUAUGGAAGGAAGUGAUUGGGAAGUGGAAAGUUCCACCUUUGCUAGAGACGGCCGAGAGAGUGAUAAGUUGAAAUCUAGAGAUUUAGAUAUACGCUAUCUAGCAUCCAUAGAGCGAAAUGAAAGUCUCAAUCCAUUUAAACCCCC